AUGGACGUGGACGUGGUCGUGGACGUGGACCUGGACUUGGACGUGGACGUGGACGUGGACCUGGACGUGGACGUGGACGUGAACGUGGACGUGGACGUGGUGGACGUGGACGUGGACGUGGACGUGGUCAUGGACGUGGACGUGGACGUGGACGUGUACGUGGACGCGGUCGUGUACGUGGACGCGGUCGUGUACGUGGACGCGGUCGUGGACGUGGACGUGGUCGUGGACGUGGACGUGGUCGUGGUCGUGGACGUGGACGUGGUCGUGGACGUUGACGUGGACGUGGACGUGGACGUUGACGUGGACGUGGACGUGGUCGUGGACGUGGACGUGGACGUGGACCUGGACGUGGACGUGGACGUGGUCGUGGACGGGGACGUGGACGUGGACGUGGACGUGGACGUGGACGUGGUGGUGAACGUGGACGUAGACGUGGUCGUGGACCUGGACGUGGACCUGGACGUGGACGUGGAUGCGGUCGUGGUCGACGUGGACGUGGACGUGGACGUGGUCGUGGAUGUGCUGGACGUGGACGUGGUCGUGGACGUGGACGUGGACGUGGUCGUGGAGGUGCUGGACGUGGACGUGGACGUGGACGUGGACCUGGACAUGGACGUGGAUGUGGACCUGGACCUGGACGUGGACGUGGACGUGGACGUGGAGGUGGACGUGGACGUGGACGUGGACGUGGACGUGGACGUGGAGGACGUGGACGUGGACGUGGACGUGGACGUGGUCGUGGAUGUGCUGGACGUGGACGUGGUCGUGGACAUGGACGUGGACGUGGUCGUGGUCGUGGAUGUGCUGGACGUGGACGUGGACGUGGACCUGAACAUGGACGUGGACGUGGACGUGGACGUGGACGUGGACCUGGACGUGGACGUGGACGUGGACGUGGACGUGGACGACGUGGACGUGGACGUGGAGGACGUGGACGUGGACGUGGAGGACGUGGACAUGGACGUGGAGGACGUGGACGUGGACGUGGAGGACGUGGACAUGGACGUGGAGGACGUGGACGUGGUCGUGGACGUGGACCUGGACGUGGACGUGGACGAGGACGUGGACGUGGACGAGGACGUGGACGUGGACGUGGACGUGGACUUGGACAUGGACGUGGACGUGGUCGUGGACUUGGACGUGGACGUGGUCGUGGACUUGGACGUGGUCGUGGACGUGGUCGUGGACGUGGACGUGGACGUGGUCGUGGACGUGGACGUGGUCGUGGACGUGGACGUGGUCGUGGACGUGGUCGUGGACGUGGACGUGGACGUGAUCGUGGACGUGGACGUGGACGUGGACUUGGACGUGGACGUGGACGUGGACUUGGACGUGGACGUGGACCUGGACCUGGACGUGGACGUGGACGUGGACCUGGACGUGGACGUGGUCGUGGACGUGGUCGUGGACGUGGACGUGGACGUGGUCGUGGACGUGGACGUGGUCGUGGACGUGGACGUGAACGUGGACCUGGACGUGGUCGUGGACGUGGUGGUGGACGUGAACGUGGACGUGGUCGUGGACGUGGUCGUGGACUUGGACGUGGACGUGGACGUGGUCGUGGACGUGGACGUGGACUUGGACGUGGACGUGGACGUGGACGUGGACGUGGUCGUGGACGUGGUCGUGGACGUGGACGUGGAUGUGGACGUGGACGUGGACGUGGUCGUGGACGUGGUAGUGGACGUGGACGUGGACGUGGUCGUGGACUUGGUCGUGGUUGUGAACGUGGACGUGGACGUGGACGUGGAGGACGUGGACGUGGAGGACGUGGACGUGGACGUAGACGUGGACGUGGACGUGGACCUGGACGUGGACGUGGACUUGGACGUGGACGUGGACGUGGACUUGGACGUGGACGUGGUCGUGGACGUGGACGUGGUCGUGGACGUGGACGUGGAUGUGGACUUGGACGUGGACAUGGACGUGGACGUGGUCGUGGACGUGGACGUGGACCUGGACGUGGACGUGGACGUGGUCCUGGACGUGGUCGUAGACGUGGACGUGGUCGUGGACGUGGACGUGUUCGUGGACGUGGACGUGGACGUAGACGUAGACUUGGACGUAGACGUGGACGUGGACGUGGAAGUGGUCGUGGACGUGGAGGUGGACGUGGACGUGGAUGUGGUAGUGGAUGUGGACGUGGACGUGGUCGUGGACGUGGUAGUGUACGUGGACGUGGACGUGGUCGUGGACUUGGUCGUGGUUGUGGACGUGGACGUGGACGUGGACGUGGACGUGGACGACGUGGACGUGGAGGACGUGGACGUGGACGUGGACGAUUUGGACAUGGAGGACGUGGACGUGGACUUGGAUGUGGACCUGGACGUGGACGUGGACUUGGACGUGGACGUGGACGUGGUCGUGGACGUGGACGUGGACGUGGACAUGGACGUGGACGUGGACUUGGACGUGGACGUGGACGUAGACGUGGACGUGGACGUGGUCGUGGACGUGUACGUGGACGUGGUCGUGGACGUGUACGUGGACUUGGUCGUGGACGUGGACGUAGACGUGGACGUAGACGUGGACGUGGACGUGGACGUGGAUGUGGUCGUGGACGUGGUCGUGGACGUGGACGUGGACGUGGACGUGGACGUGGACGUUGUCGUGGACGUGGUCGUGGACGUGGACAUGGACGUGGACGUGGACUUGGACGUGGACGUGGACGUGGUCGUGGACGUGGACGUGGUCGUGGACGUGGACGUGGACGUGGACGUGGUCGUGGACGUGGACGUGGUCGUGGACGUGGUCGUGGACGUGGACGUGGACCUGGACUUGGACGUGGACGUGGACGUGGACCUGGACGUCCACGUGGACCUAGACGUGGUCGUGGACGUGGACGUGGACGUUGACGUGGACGUGGACGUGGACGUGGAGGUGGACGUGGACGUGGUCGUGGACGUGGACGUGGACGUGGUCGUGAACGUGGACAUGGACGUGGACGUGGACGUGGAGGACGUGGACGUGGACGUGGAGGACGUGGACGUGGACGUGGACGUGGACAUGGACGUGGUCGUGAACAUGGACGUGGACGUGGACGUGGUGGUGGACGUGGACGUGGACGGGGACGUGGACGCGGACGUGGACGUGGACGUGGUCGUGGACGUGGAUGUGGUCGUUGACGUGGACGUGGACGUGGACGUGGACGUGGUCGUGGACGUGGACGAGGACGAGGACGUGGACGUGGACGUGGACGUGGACGCGGACGUGGACGCGGACGUGGACGUGGACGUGGACGCGGACGUUUCUGCGUAG